CCAGUUGGGAAGAGWGAGUGGUUUGGUUCAUAGGUGAAAGGAGCCCCUGGCCUCUGGCUCUCAAAGCAGCUCGUGGGGCAGUGCUGCUCGGGACUGCCUGGCUGAAGGGAGGAGCAGGUAAAGGCAGGGUGCUUGGCUGGAGCCUUGGACUCUAUCCCAACCCUUUCUCUCCUCUCCAUGCCCCCAAAUCCUGCCCUUGACCUGGGAGUCUGGCACCAGCUCCCCCUUCUCGCCUGAAGCUGCUGGGACUCACCAAGUCCUGUGCAGUUGAUAAGCACAUGAUGACUGACUUCCAUGUAGAAGCAAGGACAAUAGAGAGCACUGGAACCCCUGGAGGAUAUGAUGUGCUGAUCGUGUAUGCAAGUGACGCUGCUGAAUGGUGCCAGUACCUUCAGAAUCUCUUCCUCUCCACUCAGCACAUCCGAAAGCAUCGAAUUCGAAGCUACCAGGUAGAAAGYGAGGCUGCGAUUUCCCGCCAGGAGCUGGAUCUCUUUGGCAGAAGUCGGAGCAUCAUCGUUUUGCUCUCUGCUGAACUGGUGCAGAACUUUUAUCUUCCUCCGGUCCUGCAGAGCCUACAGGAAGCCUUGUGGCCCCCGCACAAAGUGGUCAAGCUCUUCUGUGGUGUGACAGACUCGGAUGACUAUUUGACCUUUUUCAAGGACUGGUCUCAGUGGCAAGAAGUCACAUAUGAUGAUGAGCCUGAUGCUUACCUCGCAGCUGUCAGGAAGGCUAUUUCAGAAGACUCGGGCUGUGACUCUGUGACUGAUACGGAGGCAGAAGACGAGAAGAACCCAACCUACUCCUCCACACUUGCCAUGAAUGAAGAGCAUGGGUCRUCCAAGAGCACGGGGGACCAUCCAGUGGUGCAGCCUGACCAUAUACGUUGUGGGGUGCAGACAACAGUUUAUAUUAUCAUGAAAUGCAAGCUAGAUGGGAAAGUGAAGACCGAAGUCGAGUUCUCUCCAGCGAAUGCAUCAACUGUGCGUGUGCCGGCCAAAAUGGAGAAUGAGUACACGGUCUCAGUGGAGGCUCCAAAUUUAACUUCUGGAACAGUGUCUGUGCAGAUAUAUUCAGGGGACUUGAUGGUGGGAGAAACAAGCAUCAUCUAUUAUACAGAUAUGGAGGAAAUCAGCRAUCUGUUGGCUAAUGCAGCUAAUCCAGUGCAGUUUAUGUGCCAGGCCUUUAAAAUUGUACCAUACAGCAUAGAAGCACUGGACAAACUGCUGACUGAGUCAUUAAAGAAGAACAUUCCUGCCAGUGGUUUGCACCUCUUUGGAAUCAACCAGCUGGAAGAAGAAGAUAUGACAACAAAUCAGAGGGAUGAAGAAUUGCCAACAUUGCUUCACUUUUCUGCAAGAUACGGGCUGAAGAACCUCACUGCGCUGCUGCUUACAUGCCCAGGGGCACUGCAGGCCUACAGUGUAGCCAACAAAUACGGCCACUAUCCGAACACGAUAGCAGAGAAGCAUGGCUUCAAAGACCUCCGGCAGUUCAUUGACGAAUACGUAGAAACUGCAGAUAUGCUCAAGAGUCACAUUAAAGAAGAGCUGAUGCAAGGCGAGAGGGAUGAGUCUGUUUAUGAGUCCAUGGCUCAUCUGUCCACUGACCUGUUGAUGAAAUGUUCCCUGAAUCCUGGCUCCGAUGAGGAGCUCUACGAAUCCAUGGCUGCCUUCGUCCCCGGUGCCCCAGAAGACCUUUAUGUAGAGAUGCUUCAGUCAAAACCAGACACUCCAAUUGACAGAGAGGAAGUUUCCCUAACUACAAAAGACUCCAUGCUCCGCAAGUUUUUAGAAGGUAACAGUGUGCCAGAAUCACAGGAAGGAGUGUACCAGCAGUGUGAUGAGGGAGAUCUCUACUAUACAGUAGAACAAAAUACUAUUCCACAGGAAAUGGCUAGCAGACCUCCAGUUCCUGUUCCAAGACCUGAAUCCAGCUCUCCACAGCCAGACAAUGAGCUGUACAUCUCCAAAGUUUUUGCACAGAAAGCUCAAAGACCUGAGAACUACUAUGUCUCUAGAGGAAGGAUUAAGAAAGAGCCAGCAGUGAGACCUGUAAGGGACCUGUCCCAAUCGAGCAUAUACGAUCCAUUUGCUGGGAUGAAAACGCCAGGUCAACGGCAGCUGAUUACGUUACAAGAACAAGUGAAGAUGGGAAUACUCAAUGUUGAUGAAGCUGUACUUCACUUUAAGGAGUGGCAAUUGAACCAGAAAAAGAGAUCAGAAUCAUUCCGGUUCCAACAGGAAAACCUGAAACGGCUACGAGACAGCAUAACACGGAGGCAAAUGGAGAAGCAAAAAAUGGGCAAAAAUGCAGAUUUGGAAAUAACUGUGCCCAUUCGGCAUUCUCAUAACACUCUGGGGAAACCAGAAUGUGGCAUAUAUGAAUAUGCCCCCCGGAAAAACAYUUUGCCACAGAAAAAGGAGAUAAAGCGAGGAGACUGGAAAACAGAAAGCACAUCAAGCACAACAAGUAGUGCAAGUAACCGCUCUAGCACUCGGAGUAUAUUGAGUGUCAGCAGUGGGAUGGAAGGGGACAGUGAGGACAACGAAGUCCCAGAAGCAGCUAGAAGCCACAGCCCUGUUGCCCACCAAGCAGAGAGGCUGCCUCUCCCGCUGGCUGAAAGGCCUCCCCGAGUGCCUCCCCGAGGCGCCAGCAGGCCUGUAAGCAGUGAAGGCUUUUACCCUCCACCUGUGCCCCCAAGAGGUCGCUGAAUCUUUCAACAUUCAUGGAAUAUGAUUUUUUUUUUUUAUUUGGAUGUAUUUGUACAGAUGUCUUUGGAUUGUUUUAAAUUAUUUAUAAGCAGGAGAGAAGUAUUUUCUUCCCCUUCCUCCACCAUAAAGCUCURUGACCUUUCCCAUGCUGUUUUGUUCAGACUUCUGUAGCUUCUUUGGAAGAAUUUUGGUGCUUUGGGCAUACAAGGAAAAGUAUCAAAGUUGAGAAGGAGAAUGCUGAUGUGCCUUUUGGCAGCCCUGCACCAGCAUGGAGUUUCCCUUUGAUCAAGAAUUUGCAUCUUCUUAGAGAUUAAACCUUGUUGAUCGUUGUUGCCAAAAAUCUCAGUACAACUUAAAAGAGCUUUACAGGAAAACAUGUGUUAGAAAAGAAAAGAAAAUCCUUCGAAAGACUUUGUUUGAAUAACACUUAUUACAGCAGGAUAUGGACACAAUGAACUUUGAGAGGGAGUAUAGUCUCCCUCAAACAAUCAUUAAACCAUCGAAGGA